AAAGUGCCCCCCCCAGCAAUGGUCCUCCCUGUGGAGCUGGUCCUAGCUUUCCAUACCCUGAUAAGCAUCCUGAGUCCCCAGGGAGUAUGGGCCAUCAAGGCAGACCACAUGGGCUCCUACGGACCAGCCUUCUACCAGUCUUAUGAUGCUUCUGGGCAGUUCACGCAUGAAUUUGAUGGGGAACAAAUUUUCUCUGUGGACCUGAAGAACAGGGAGGUCGUGUGGCGUCUGCCUGAGUUUGGGGACACCCUAUACUCAGACUUUCAGAGUGGCCUGACAAGCAUCGCCAUGAUCAGAGCUCACCUGGACAGCUUGGUGGAACGCUCCAACCGAACCAGAGCCAUCAGUGUGCCUCCCAGGGUGACUGUACUCCCCAAGUCUCGUGUGGAGCUGGGAAAACCCAAUGUCCUCAUCUGCAUCGUGGAUGAUAUCUUCCCCCCUGUGAUCAAUGUCACCUGGCUGUGCAACAACCAGCCUGUCACUCAGGGAGUGGCCCAGACCAGCUUCUACUCCCAGCCUAACCACAGGUUCCGGAAGUUCCACUACCUGACCUUUGUGCCCACGGUGGAGGACAUGUAUGACUGCAGGGUGGAGCACUGGGGCCUGGACGAGCCACUCCUCCAGCACUGGGAGCCCCAGGUGCUUACCCCACCACCAGAUACCACGGAGACCCUGGUCUGUGGCCUGGGCCUGGCCCUCGGCUUCAUGGGUUUCCUUCUGGGCACCGUUCUCAUCAUUACAGGCAUGCCCCCACCAAGCGUCCGCAGAUAACUACUACUCUGAGAGAAACCAUGGAUUCCUGGCAAGCUUCUGGAAGCUUCUGCAUGCCCAGCCCCAGCCUGCUACAGUGUUGAUCUCCAGUCGCAUCAACCUCUGUCCCUCAGGUUCCCCAUUUUCCAGCCCCCAAACUCCCAGCAGAGCUUGCUGGGCACAGUCUGCUCCCCUCCUACCGCAGUGCAUUCCCAGCUCCAAGUCAUCUGGCAGCGGCACUAAAUUCUCUGAAUGGUG